UCAGGGAGAGAGCUAUACUUCUCAUACACUGGCUCAUCUCUCAGCUCGUGAACCACCAGUGAAUGAAGUAAAAAUGCUGGUUAAUGUACCAUUUCUCACUUUUCUACUUUGGUGGGUUUUCCCGUGGAAUGAGCAUUCCAUGCGUCCUCCUAGGCAUGAAUGAAGUGGGCUGGCAGGAGACUCGCGGAGGGAUGCGGCACGCCAACGGCGCCCAGGAGGCCGCAGGGGUCCGGGUCCCGGGCUCGGCAGUUUUGGCUGGGGGUGGAGGCGGGGCUCAGGCACAGCAGGUCCUGGAUGGGGCCUCGAACCCUCACACUUUGGCCCCGGCAGUUUCGGCGACAGUGGUGGGUGCCCCGGGGGGCCAGCCUCCUCUAAGUGGGCGUUCGCAGGACGACGCCACCGUGGGCUACUACUUCCAGCGGCAGCCUGGGGAUCAGCUGGCUGGCUACACCAGCAAGCACCGCUGGCCCACGGGAGACGGGAUCCACAUGGACCAGGUGCGCUCUGUAGACGAGAUGAACCACGACUUCCAGGCCCUGGCACUGGAGUCGCGUGGAAUGGGUGAGCUGCUGCCUGCGAAAAAAAUCUGGGAGACUGAUGACUCGGCCAAGGACAGUCAGAAAGGGAUCUUCCUGGGCGAGGAGUGGCGAGAGAACACCUGGGCCUCUCACCACUCCAUGUCGCAGCCCAUCAUGGUGCAGCGGGCGCGACCUGGGCACAGCUUCCACGGCAACAGCGAGGUGAACUCGGUGCUGUCGCCACGCUCGGAGAGCGGGGGCCUGGGAGUGAGCAUGGUGGAGUACGUCCUCAGCUCCUCGCCCGGGGACAAGCCGGACAGCCGUUACGGAAAGAGGACUUACGGUGCGAGUGACGCAGGCUCUGAUGCGGCAGAGAAGGGAGACAACAAAGACAAGCCGUCCCCCUUUGAGGAGGACAAGGGCAGAGAGCUGAGCCAGGCCGAGGGGGAGGAUGUGGCCAACGGCCGCGGGCUGGCCAACGGCAUGGAGGCCGACUGCAAGGACUUCAACCGCACCCCCGGCAGCCGGCAGGCCUCCCCUACAGAGGUGGCAGAGAGGCUGAGCUCUGUUCAGGCCGGCUCAGAGAUGCUGGGUCAGCACCAGCACCCCGGGCAGGCUGUGGGCAAGGCUCCGGCCGAGGAAUUCCAGAACCAGGAAGCCGCCGGGAUGGACGGCAUGGAGCAGGUGGGCCUGGAGUCUCUGCAGUUCGACUACCCGCCGAACCAGGUGCAGAUGGAUUCUUCCGGAGCCCCCGUGGGCCUGUUCGACUAUAACCCCCAGCACCAGCUCUUCCAGAGGCCCAGCCACCUGGCCGUGCAGCAGUUGUCGGCUGCGCAGCAGCAGCAGCAGUAUGCUCUAGCCGCCGCGCAGCAGCAGCACAUCGGCCUGGCCCCCGCCGCGUUCAUGCCUAACCCGUACAUCAUCAGCACCGCCCCCCCUGGGACUGACCCGUACACUGCUGCCGGAUUGGCUGCCGCCGCCACACUCGCAGGUCCAGCAGUGGUGCCCCCGCAGUACUACGGUGUGCCUUGGGGUGUGUAUCCUGCCAACCUCUUCCAGCAACAGGCAGCCGCCGCCGCAGCCAACAGCUCCACCAACCAGCAAGCAGCCAACCAGGGUCAGGGCCAGCAGCAGGUAAUGCGCACUGGUGCCAGCCAGCGCCCCCUCACCCCGGGUCAGGGUCAGCAGAACCAGCAGGAGUCUCUGGCGGCAGGAAACCCCGCGCUGGCCUUUGGCCAGGGUCUUCCCACUGGCGUGCAAGGCUACCAGGUGCUGGCACCGGCGGCCUACUACGACCAGACCGGGGCUCUGGUGAUGGGCCCAGGAGCCCGCACGGGCCUCGGCGGCCCAGUCCGGCUGGUGCAAACUCCGGUGCUGAUCAACCCAGCGGCUGCCCAGGCCGCCGCAGCAGCCUCGGCGUCCAACUCGGGCAGCGGACUGACCGGGCCAGCUAAUGGCCUCUUCCGGUCCAUGGGUGCCCCCCCCCAGCAGCAGCAGCAGCAACAGCCCCCGCCCCCCCAGCAGCAGCAGCCGCCACCCACACACCCUAGUGCCAGUGUGCAGUCCAGCUCCUUCUACGGCGCCGGCUCCGUGGCUCCCAGCUCCCAGAGCAGCUCCCUCUUCUCACACGGCCCCGCAGCCGCCCCCCCCGCCAGCUCCUCCCUGGGUUUUGGGGGCGCCGGCUCACUAGGCGCAGCCAUCGGCUCUGCGCUCGGGGGCUUCAGCUCUUCGGUGGCCAGUUCAGGCAGCAACAGCGCCCCCCGCAGGGAUUCCCUGUCGGCCGGCUCGGAGCUCUACAAGCGCAGCGGCAGCAGUCUGACCCCCAUCGGCCAGCCCUUCUUCAACAGCCUGGGCUUCUCCUCGUCCCCGAGCCCCAUCGGGAUGCCCCUGCCCAGCCAGACGCCCAGCCACUCGCUGACCCCUCCCCCCUCGCUGUCCUCGCAUGGCUCCUCCUCCAGCCUCCACCUGGGUGGCCUGACCAACGGCAGUGGUCGCUACAUCUCGGCGGCUCCGGGGGCGGAGGCGAAGUACCGUGGUGUAGGUGGGACUUCCAGCCUGUUUGGCUCCAGCAGCCAGCUGUUCCCGCCGUCCCGCCUGCGCUACGGCCGCUCCGACGUCAUGCCCUCAGGCCGCAGCCGCCUGCUGGAGGACUUCCGCAACAACCGCUUCCCCAACCUGCAGCUGCGCGACCUCGCUGGCCACAUCGUGGAAUUCUCCCAGGACCAGCAUGGCUCCAGAUUCAUCCAGCAGAAGCUGGAGCGUGCCACACCCGCCGAGAGGCAGAUGGUCUUCGCAGAAAUCCUGCAGUCCGCCUACCAGCUGAUGACUGACGUCUUCGGCAACUACGUCAUCCAGAAGUUCUUCGAGUUUGGCAGCAUGGACCAGAAGCUGGCGCUGGCUUCCCGCAUCCGUGGUCACGUGCUGCCUCUGGCGCUGCAGAUGUACGGCUGUCGCGUGAUCCAGAAAGCGCUGGAGUCCAUCUCGUCCGACCAGCAGGUAAUCGUAAGUUGGAGCCUGUUCCUUCCUGUCUUCUGUGGGCGACUCGCCCGCGUCCCGAUUCUCCGCCAUCGUCUGACAUGCUUAAUGCACCCCAACUCUCCAGAAAUUGUGCUCCUCACCAGUCAGGACUUAACUUUUCUUGUGGGGGCCUCCCCGCAGGUGUUCGUGCUGUCGACACACCCGUAUGGCUGCCGGGUGAUACAGCGCAUCCUGGAGCACUGCACCCAGGACCAGACCCUGCCCAUUCUGGAGGAGCUGCACCAGCACACAGAGCAGCUUGUACAGGACCAGUACGGCAACUACGUCAUCCAGCACGUGCUGGAGCACGGCCGAGCCGAGGACAAGAGCAAGAUCGUGGCCGAGAUCCGGGGGAAGGUCUUGGCUCUCAGCCAGCACAAAUUUGCCAGCAAUGUGGUGGAGAAGUGUGUGACGCACUCAUCCCGCGCGGAGCGAGCCCUGCUCAUCGACGAGGUUUGCUGCCAGAACGACGGGCCGCACAGCGCCCUCUACAGCAUGAUGAAGGACCAGUAUGCCAACUAUGUGGUGCAGAAGAUGAUUGACAUGGCCGAGCCAGCUCAGCGCAAGAUAAUCAUGCACAAGAUCCGGCCUCACAUUGCGACCUUGCGCAAGUACACGUACGGGAAGCACAUCCUGGCCAAGCUGGAGAAGUACUACAUGAAGAACAACACAGACCUGGGCCCCAUCGGGGUCCCGACCAACGGGCUGAUGUAGGCGCCCUCCCCGCUGGCUCUUUCCUGGCACGGGGGCACUAGUGUAAUUCCAUUAUAGCCCCGUCACCCACCCCCCUGAGAGGGUUUCCCGCUGUGAUACUGUCCUGAAGGGAACUACCAAAAAUCAACUUAACCUGACGAUGCUGUGAUGCCUGCCACAACAUAGGCUCCUUAAACUCUCCCCCCCCCCCCCAAACUAGCGCCCCCCUUUGUGGCCUGGAGGGGCGUCACAUCACUGAGCUGGGGAAAGCACAGAAUGCUUGUAUAUGAUGUAAUUGUAUCAAAACUGGUUGUCAUAUUUUGUAAAUUUUUACCUUGUAAAUUUGCUGUAUAAAAUAUGGGUAGUUUUUAA